AUGUUAAACCCAGUCAAUCAUUACAGAUCUUUCUUCCUUCAUAUUAUCGUGAAGAAAGGCAAUCAUAAAUGGCAACAUCGAAACGUUUUGUUUGAAUGUCCAUCUGUCGAAGUCGGAAGUGAAUGGUUUACAAGGAUACAAAAUAUUUUACAAGGUAUUACUUCAAUGCAAGUUAGAUCAGUACUACGUUUGAAGUACUGUUUUUUUAUGUAUAGUUAAUACCUUUAACUUUUUAUGCAAACUUACAUUUUUUUACUAAAAAAUCAAAUUGUCUGAAAUUCCAUGCAGCAUAACCCACUGAGUUGCAAUGCACCCCAGUGCUCUGCAGCUUAAUGGGUUAAUUAAACACCCAAAACAUUUUAAUUUCAAAAUGGGUCGUUCCAGAAAAGAUCCAUACUCCCCCACGGAGGAAAUUUCUGCAGUCCGGAGGGGGAGGGGAGAAAAAAUUGUUUCUGAUAAUAGUAAAUGUAUUAGGACAUCCAAAGGGAGUAGGCCAGGGGGGGGGUUAACUUCCUAUUUCCUCUGUGGAGGUGGUAUGGAUCUUUUCUGGAAUGACCCAAUACGAUUAAAGCUUUUAAAUCUUGUGCGCAAGCCAUUUUUAGUUUGUUGAAAAGAAAGACCCCCCUGGUUUAUAAAAUUUGAGUUUGAGAAAUUUUUUCUAUUAUUCUGCAUUAUAAGUACCCAAAGAAUUAGCUACAGUAUAUAUAAUAAAAAACUGGGUACUAUAAUAGCUGUUUUGCGAAGUGGAGAGCAAUUUCAAAUCUGUUCAGUUUUUUUAUACACCUAGCUGUAUAACUGAUGUAAUAUUUAUGAAGAAAGAGUUUCUGAAAAUAGAAAGAGUUUCUGAAAAUGACCCAAAUAUGACUAGAAAGAGUUUCUGAAAAUGACCCAAAUUCCUUCUGGAAACUAUUAAAGAACAUGAGUGAUGACUUUGAGGACCCUUCCAUGAGUAAACCAGAUGUUUCGGCUAACAGCUGGCUCACUCAUUUCGAAUCCCUGCAUGCAAAACAUACGUUAGACACAGAACAGAAUAAUAUUUUACAAAAAUUAACAAAACUUGAAGAAGAAAUCCCAAAUAAUUUUCUUGAUGAACCGAUUUCUGAAGUAGAAGUUUUAAGUGCUGCAAAGAAAUUAAAAAACAACAAAUCUGCUUAUUCUGACAGGAUAAAAAACGAAAUGCUAAAGUGUAGUGUCAAAAUAUUACUUAAAUUAUACCAAAAACUUUUUAACCUCAUUUUAGAAACAGGGCAUUUCCCAGAUCAAUGGUGUGAAGGUCUCAUUACACCAAUUUUUAAGUCAGGAGAUAAAACUGACCCCAAUAACUACAGGGGAAUUUGCGUGACUAGCUGUCUCAGCAAAUUCCUUUGUAUUAUUUUAAAUCAACGGUUAAGUAAAUUUAGCAUUGAUAGAAACAUAAUUCACCCAUCCCAAAUCGGAUUUCAGUCGGGCCACAGAACAGCUGAUCACAUUUUCACUCUUAAAACAAUAAUAGACAAACACAUAAAUGAGAACAAAAAGGAAAAACUCUAUGCAUGCUUUGUUGAUUUUAGAAAGGCUUUUGACUCUGUUUGGCAUGAAGGCCUUUUUUUAAAACUGCUUGAAAACAAAAUUGAUGGUAACUUCUACAACCUUGUUAAAAGUUUAUAUUCAAACUCUAAAUGCGCCGUAAACGAAAACAAAACUAAUCGAACUGAAUUUUUCUCUUACUCCACAGGAGUGCGUCAAGGCUGUGUUCUGAGCCCUCUUCUAUUUAAUAUCUACAUAAACGAAUUGGCAACAUUAUUUGACACUACAGAUGCUGAUCCGUUUAUACUACCAAAUGGAACUAAACUGAGUUGUCUUCUAUAUGCCGAUGACUUAAUUUUAUUAUCUCGAUCAAAAUUCGGCCUACAAAAAUCUCUAGACGAUCUCCAUAGUUGGAGUAAAAAAUGGCUCAUGGAAAUAAAUUUGAAGAAAACACAAAUAAUGAUUAUUGAAAAACGAAAAACAAGAAAGGCAAGCCCAAAGUUUAAUGUUGGAAAUCGGAACAUAGCAAUUGUACAGGAAUACUGUUACCUAGGAGUCAAACUAAAUCACAAUGGCAAUUUCACUUUAGCUCUAAAGCAACUAAGUGAGAAAGCCUUGCAUGCUUUAUAUGGUAUAAGAAGACAGCUCAACUUCAGCCGCCUCAAUCCCAAAUAUGCCAUUAAAAUAUUUGAUUCUAUUAUAAGCCCGAUCCUACUAUACAACUCUGAAGUAUGGGGGACAUACGUGAAACACGAUUUCAACAAUUGGGACAAGUUACCAAUUGAAAAAGUCCAUCUUAAGUUCUGUAAAAUAUACCUCGCUGUCAGUAGGAAAGCAAGUAACAUUGCUUCCAGAGCUGAGCUUGGAAAACUCCCUCUUAUUAUCAAUGUAUUCAAAAGGGUCUUCAAAUACAUCACUCACGUAAACUCACUUCCCGAAACAGCCAUUGCAAAGCAAGCAUUUCUAAUCUCGAAAGAUCUCUACUCUAGGCAGAAAACUUCCUUUUACGGAAAUGCAAUGGAUACAAUCAAAAAUUUAAACCUAAAUGAAGAAAUCCCUAGUCUGGAAGCCGUAACGUCUGAACAUAUUGAAGCUAUUACCAAAACCCUUGAGGAAAAAUACUUGACAUUCUGGAAACAUAAACUUGAAAAUUCAUCCAAAUUAACUUUCUAUUCAACAUUCAAAACGGACCACAACUUCGAAAAAUACUUAAUACUUAUAAAAGACCCAUACAAGAGAAAAUGUCUUUCACGUUUUAGAGUUAGCAGCCAUAACCUCCAAAUUGAGAUCGGGCGAUACCAAAAUACACCCCGAGAAGAACGCUUAUGUGAAAUCUGUAAUUCAGGAGAGGUGGAAAACGAAACCCAUUUCCUACUCUUUUGCAAAGCCUAUGAGCAUUCUCGUGAAGACCUCCGAAGUUCUUUAGAGAAUGUCUCAUCUAACGAGAUUAAACUGAACUCUCAAACUCUAUCAGCUGACUUAAUGAAGUCAACUGAUAGUGAAAUCAUAACUAAACUGUCAAAAUUUGUUUAUUCAUGUUUUGAACAAUUUCAAAUCUGUUCAGUUUUUUUAUACACCUAGCUGUAUAACUGAUGUAAUAUUUAUGAAGAAAGAGUUUCUGAAAAUAGAAAGAGUUUCUGAAAAUGACCCAAAUAUGACUAGAAAGAGUUUCUGAAAAUGACCCAAAUUCCUUCUGGAAACUAUUAAAGAACAUGAGUGAUGACUUUGAGGACCCUUCCAUGAGUAAACCAGAUGUUUCGGCUAACAGCUGGCUCACUCAUUUCGAAUCCCUGCAUGCAAAACAUACGUUAGACACAGAACAGAAUAAUAUUUUACAAAAAUUAACAAAACUUGAAGAAGAAAUCCCAAAUAAUUUUCUUGAUGAACCGAUUUCUGAAGUAGAAGUUUUAAGUGCUGCAAAGAAAUUAAAAAACAACAAAUCUGCUUAUUCUGACAGGAUAAAAAACGAAAUGCUAAAGUGUAGUGUCAAAAUAUUACUUAAAUUAUACCAAAAACUUUUUAACCUCAUUUUAGAAACAGGGCAUUUCCCAGAUCAAUGGUGUGAAGGUCUCAUUACACCAAUUUUUAAGUCAGGAGAUAAAACUGACCCCAAUAACUACAGGGGAAUUUGCGUGACUAGCUGUCUCAGCAAAUUCCUUUGUAUUAUUUUAAAUCAACGGUUAAGUAAAUUUAGCAUUGAUAGAAACAUAAUUCACCCAUCCCAAAUCGGAUUUCAGUCGGGCCACAGAACAGCCGAUCACAUUUUCACUCUUAAAACAAUAAUAGACAAACACAUAAAUGAGAACAAAAAGGAAAAACUCUAUGCAUGCUUUGUUGAUUUUAGAAAGGCUUUUGACUCUGUUUGGCAUGAAGGCCUUUUUUUAAAACUGCUUGAAAACAAAAUUGAUGGUAACUUCUACAACCUUGUUAAAAGUUUAUAUUCAAACUCUAAAUGCGCCGUAAACGAAAACAAAACUAAUCGAACUGAAUUUUUCUCUUACUCCACAGGAGUGCGUCAAGGCUGUGUUCUGAGCCCUCUUCUAUUUAAUAUCUACAUAAACGAAUUGGCAACAUUAUUUGACACUACAGAUGCUGAUCCGUUUAUACUACCAAAUGGAACUAAACUGAGUUGUCUUCUAUAUGCCGAUGACUUAAUUUUAUUAUCUCGAUCAAAAUUCGGCCUACAAAAAUCUCUAGACGAUCUCCAUAGUUGGAGUAAAAAAUGGCUCAUGGAGAUAAAUUUGAAGAAAACACAAAUAAUGAUUAUUGAAAAACGAAAAACAAGAAAGGCAAGCCCAAAGUUUAAUGUUGGAAAUCGGAACAUAGCAAUUGUACAGGAAUACUGUUACCUAGGAGUCAAACUAAAUCACAAUGGCAAUUUCACUUUAGCUCUAAAGCAACUAAGUGAGAAAGCCUUGCAUGCUUUAUAUGGUAUAAGAAGACAGCUCAACUUCAGCCGCCUCAAUCCCAAAUAUGCCAUUAAAAUAUUUGAUUCUAUUAUAAGCCCGAUCCUACUAUACAACUCUGAAGUAUGGGGGACAUACGUGAAAAACGAUUUCAACAAUUGGGACAAGUUACCAAUUGAAAAAGUCCAUUUUAAGUUCUGUAAAAUAUACCUCGCUGUCAGUAGGAAAGCAAGUAACAUUGCUUCCAGAGCUGAGCUUGGAAAACUCCCUCUUAUUAUCAAUGUAUUCAAAAGGGUCUUCAAAUACAUCACUCACUUAAACUCACUUCCCGAAACAGCCAUUGCAAAGCAAGCAUUUCUAAUCUCGAAAGAUCUCUACUCUAGGCAGAAAACUUCCUUUUACGGAAAUGCAAUGGAUACAAUCAAAAAUUUAAACCUAAAUGAAGAAAUCCCUAGUCUGGAAGCCGUAACGUCUGAACAUAUUGAAGCUAUUACCAAAACCCUUGAGGAAAAAUACUUGACAUUCUGGAAACAUAAACUUGAAAAUUCAUCCAAAUUAACUUUCUAUUCAACAUUCAAAACGGACCACAACCUCGAAAAAUACUUAAUACUUAUAAAAGACCCAUACAAGAGAAAAUGUCUUUCACGUUUUAGAGUUAGCAGCCAUAACCUCCAAAUUGAGAUCGGGCGAUACCAAAAUACACCCCGAGAAGAACGCUUAUGUGAAAUCUGUAAUUCAGGAGAGGUGGAAAACGAAACCCAUUUCCUACUCUUUUGCAAAGCCUAUGAGCAUUCUCGUGAAGACCUCCGAAGUUCUUUAGAAAAUGUCUCAUCUAACGAGAUUAAACUGAACUCUCAAACUCUAUCAGCUGACUUAAUGAAGUCAACUGAUAGUGAAGUCAUAACUAAACUGUCAAAAUUUGUUUAUUCAUGUUUUGAACAAAGGCUUAAAAUACCUUGA